AUGAUGACAGUUAAAUCAAUCGCUUCGUUCUUUGCCCUUGUGAGCGCCCUGGGCGUCUCCGCGCAGCAGACUUGCAAACUCACCCCCCUUGAUGCCGCCUGGCCGACCGAGGCCGACUGGUCUACGCUGAACACCACCCUCGGCGGCUCCCUUCUCCAAACCAGACCCAUUGCAUCGUCUUGUUAUCCUGGGAACCCCUUUCACUCGUCCCAAGCUUGCGAUGAAGUAAAGAAGGGAUGGGGGUACUCAUACUACCACGCCUCUCUCCCCGAAUCCAUCGACUCCCCUUUGUACGCCAACAACUCGUGUUUGCCCCCGGGCGCUCCCGGAUACUCUCCGGACAAGGGCUGCGAGCUUGGUGGGUCGCCAGUGUACGUCGUCAAUGCCACGAACGAGGAUCAGAUUGCAACUGCGAUGCGCUGGGCUAGCGAGCGGAACAUUCGCAUUGUGAUCAAGGGAACCGGCCAUGAUCUCAAUGGCAGAUCCUCCGGUGCAUACUCGCUGUCGAUCUGGACGCACAACUUCCAGCAGUUCGAAUACAACGCCGAGUGGAGGUCUCCCAGCGACAACAGGACCGAGGCGGCUAUCACGCUGGGCAGUGGUCACAGCUGGGGCUCCGCCUCCCGGGGUGCUGCGCAGUUCGGCAGGGUCGUCGUCGGCGGCGUUGAUGAGUCCGUCGGAGUUGGCGGGCAUAUGCAGGGCGGUGGCCACGGCCCUCUUUCGAGCACCUUCAGCCUGGCGGCAGACCAGAUCCUGCAGGCGCGUGUAGUCGCAGUGGACGGUCGCAUUCUGGUGGCCAACGAGGCGCAACACCAAGACCUCCUUUGGGCUAUCCGCGGCGGAGGAGCUGGCCAGUACGGCGUCGUCACCGAGUACGUCAUCAAGGCACACCCAAACCCCGACAACGUUGUCUCGAGCGCCAUCGAAGUGUCCGCGACGGGCAACGACACGGCAUCCAAGGAGGCGGCCUGGAGGGCCUUUGCGGUCCUACUCGCCAGCGUCCCCGACUUGAUGGACGUCGGACUGACUGGUACUGGCAUCGGCACCGCCGCGGCUGCCCUGAACAGCUCUUCCGACGCGUUGCGGAAGGCCACGGGUUCCAUCAGCUUUUUCACAUACAACACAACACAAGAAAGGAUGUCGUCGUUGCUUGAACCCGUGAGGGACAGGAUUCUGGCUGAGAUUGGAAACAGUUCCGUCAGUGUGAGCCUCAGCGAGCCGAGCGUACAGGCUGACUUCAUGACCUUCUUUGAGAGCGUCAACGAAGCUCCCAGCGCUGCGGGCACCGCUGGUCUGAUGACGAGCCGCCUACUCGGCCGCAAGGAACUUUCGGACAUUCCCAUCCCGACUUUGGCCUCUCACCUCCAGCAACUCAUGGUGACGCAGGACCCAACAGGCACCGCUCUUAUGGUUAUCGGCCUUCAGGGCGGACAGGGGCCUCGCAACGCCCCGGAGGUAAUGCGCGGCUCGCUCAACCCCGCGUGGCGCUCGGCUUACAUCCACAUGAUGAGCUAUGGGGCAUCCGCCGACCCUACUCUCUCGCCCCAGGAGGCCCUCAACAGUGCCGCAAAGUGGUUGGAGGAGACUAAGGAGCCCGUCUGGCGCGAGUGGGCGCCGGGAUCUGGUGCCUACAUGAACGAGGGCAACGCAUUCAACACCAUGUUCAAAGAAGACUUUUAUGGGGCUCCCUACGAUCGUUUGGUUGCGAUCAAGCGCAAGUAUGAUCCUACCGAGAGCCUGUUCGUCUUGUCGGGCGUCGGAAGCGAUGCGUGGGAGUAUGAUCUGAACAGCGGCAGGCUGUGCAAAACGUCUGGAUGA